GGUGCCGGUCUCUCAGUUCUUUUGCCGACGCCGAUCGUUGCUCAUCUGCCGACGGUACGAUAAAGCCUGUCAACGACAAAGUCCCUGAUCGAGAACACAACAGAGUCGCACGAGAAGCUCACGUCUUUCUGUCUUCCACAUUUGUCAGCCCAGCCAGAGAAAUAAUCCACCGCUGGUCUCCAGGACGCAACCGGUCGUAAAAGCUUACGAAGGCUUUACGCAAGGAUGGCGCCGAAUAUAACGAGCACACCGACGGGGGUGCUUUUCGAGGGUGAGACUCUUCCCGAACCGCAGCUGAUCGAGGAGUCGAAGGAGAAACCGAAAUAUGUUAGGAGCAUCGUUUGGAGGAACGUGGUGAUUUUCUCGUUCCUACAUCUCGGCGCUCUUUACGGAGCUUAUCUCGCCUUCACGUCCGCCAAAUUGGCGACCGUCUUUUUCGCAAUUUUAUUGUAUCAACUCACCGGUUUGGGAAUCACAGCCGGGGCUCACCGACUCUGGGCACAUCGAUCCUACAAAGCCAAGUGGCCUCUCCAGGUGCUACUUGUGAUUUUGAACACUAUAGCAUUCCAGGAUGCCGCGAUCGAUUGGGCCAGAGACCACAGGGUUCAUCACAAAUACAGCGAGACCGACGCCGAUCCGCACAACGCUACGAGAGGUUUCUUCUUUUCCCACGUGGGCUGGCUGCUUUGCAGGAAACACCCAGAAGUUAAGGAAAAGGGCAAGGGUAUCGACUUAAGUGAUCUUGAGAGCGAUCCUAUAUUGGCAUUCCAAAAGAAAUAUUAUUUCAUACUGAUGCCAUUGCUGUGCUUCAUUUUGCCAACCGUUAUUCCGGUCCUGUGUUGGAACGAAACAUGGACGAACGCUUACUUCAUUCCCACUGUUUUCCGUUAUAUCUUUACAUUGAAUAUGACGUGGCUGGUAAAUUCCGCGGCUCAUCUCUUCGGCAAUAAACCCUAUGACAGGUUUAUCAAUCCAUCGGAGAACAAAGGCGUUGCCAUGUUCGCCCUCGGCGAAGGCUGGCACAAUUAUCACCACGUCUUUCCCUGGGAUUACAAAACGGCCGAGCUCGGCAAUUAUAAACUCAACUUCACGACGGCCUUCAUCGACUUCUUCGCGAAGAUCGGCUGGGCCUACGAUUUAAAGAGCGUAUCCGUGGACAUGGUAAGGAAACGAGUGGAGAGAACGGGUGACGGCAGCCACGAGUUGUGGGGUUGGGGCGAUAAGGACCAAACGCAGGAGGAAAGAGACGAAGCGAUAGUGACGCAUCAUCACACGAAAGAUCAGUAGGACACUGCGUGUACCUACGUGCGAGACUCUCGAUUAAGUAAGGCUUUUUUCCACAUUCGUCCACAAAUCGGUCAACAAAUCGAUUUGUUUAGACAUUUUAUGAAAGAUACUAUUUAACUCGACCUUCCAGGACAGUCUCGACCGUCGCGUAUCUCGGUUCCGACAUGUCGUUGCACGAUUAUUUGGCGGGUUCCAUGUAAUACAGUCUUGGAAGGUCCAGCACCGAGCAGGAUUUUUGUAAUGUCGAUGGUGUUCUGGAUUGCGAGCGUUGUACUCGCCCGAUAAGCUUUUUUACCGCCUUUACAGAGAUAUACAGAGUUAGCUUUCGAAUUAUACUGUGUAAUUAUUGGGCCAUAGAUUGUUGUACCAUUUGUACAAUUUUUUAACGCGCAAUCGUAACGAGAACAUAUACGUAUUUGUAUAAUUGGAGCAUUGAUCAAAUAUAAUAAUUUUGUACUUUUGCCUUUUAAAGUAUCUACAGUGGGUAAUCUACUGCGGCAAGAAAAAAUAGUAGAAUGAUAAAUAUGGUACAAAAAUUACGAAUCUGAUUUAACAUAAAUAUAAAUCGUUUUUAAGAAUUUAUAAACGUUGCUAAAUCGUUGCUCAAGUUUAAAUAACAUCUACUAUGUGAUCAAAUUUUGUAUGUUGCACCUUUUUGAGCAAAAUAAACAAUUCGGUUCUCAAACCUGAUAAUAAUCUUAAGACAAUACCGUCUUGUUGUUAAAUCAAAAUUGACUUUAAAAAGUACUGUAUCGUCCAGAACAUCAGCGAAAUAUUAUUC